AUGGUGUCCGAUUAUGAUGCUGGAACCCGGUGCUGGUACCCAGAUGAAAAACUUGGUUGGAUUGGUGUCACCGUUAAGGAAGCAAAAAAGGAGGGUGACGGUAAACACAAAUUGAUUUUACUUCCUGAUGGUGUUGUUGAUGAUGAGGAUGCCUCAUUUAUAUCACUUGAUGUAAAAUCAUUAAAAGAGGAUGAGGAUGAUAAGCUACCUCCCUUACGUAACCCUCCUAUUUUAGAAGCAGCUGAAGAUUUGACUAGUUUGUCUUAUUUGAAUGAACCUGCAGUGUUGCACGCUAUCAAGUUGCGGUACUCGCAGUUAAACAUAUAUACAUAUUCUGGAAUUGUUUUGAUUGCCACUAACCCCUUCCAGCGAGUGGAUCAGUUAUAUAGCCAGGAUAUUGUUCAAGCAUAUGCUGGCAAAAGAAGAGGUGAAUUAGAUCCACAUUUAUUUGCUAUUGCAGAAGAUGCUUAUAGAUGUAUGAAGACUGAUGGUCGCAACCAAACCAUCGUUGUUAGCGGUGAAUCUGGUGCUGGUAAAACUGUCUCUGCCAAGUAUAUCAUGCGAUAUUUCGCAUCAGUGGAAGAAUCAGAUCAUAGUGAUUCAAUUCCAACUGCUGAUCACCAUAAAGUCGCUGAUAUGUCAGAAGUUGAAGAACAAAUUUUAGCCACCAAUCCGAUUAUGGAAGCCUUUGGGAAUGCUAAGACGACAAGAAAUGAUAAUUCCUCCCGUUUUGGUAAGUAUUUGGAAAUUCUUUUUGGUGAUAAGAUUCAAAUCAUUGGUGCCCGUAUCAGAACUUAUCUCUUAGAAAGAUCAAGAUUAGUGUUCCAACCUCCCACAGAAAGAAAUUAUCACAUUUUUUACCAAAUUUUGGCAGGUAUGAAUGAAGAUGAUAAAGCUACUUUGGCUUUGACCUCAGCAGAAGAUUACAAAUAUACAAAUCAAGGUGGAAAGCCUCAGAUUGAAGGUGUUGAUGAUGCUGCAGAGUUCCAGAUCACGAAGGAUGCUUUGCUGUUAAUUGGUAUUAAUGAUGCCAAGCAGUUUGAAAUCUAUAAACUUUUGGCAGCUUUGUUACAUAUUGGUAAUAUUGACAUUGCUGCUACUAAGAAUGAUGCACAAUUAUCUUCAGAAGAGCCAAACUUGGUUAAGGCGUGUGAAUUAUUAGGUUUAGAUGCCUUUGCAUUCACUAAGUGGUGUGUCAAAAAGCAGAUUACAACUAGACUGGAAAAGAUUGUAACUAACCUUAAUCACAAGCAAGCUAUUGUGGCAAGAGAUUCAUUUGCCAAAUAUAUUUAUUCAGCUUUAUUUGACUGGUUGGUUGAUUACAUUAAUUCUGAUUUAUGUCCUCCACAUGUUAAUGAACAGAUUAAAUCAUUUAUUGGUGUUUUAGAUAUUUACGGGUUUGAGCAUUUUGAGAAGAACAGCUUUGAACAAUUCUGUAUCAACUAUGCUAAUGAAAAGUUACAACAAGAGUUUAACCAGCAUGUUUUCAAAUUAGAACAAGAGGAGUAUGUGCGAGAAGAAAUUGAAUGGUCGUUUAUUGAUUUCGCUGAUAACCAACCUUGUAUUGAUUUGAUUGAAAAGAAGUUGGGUAUUUUAGCUCUUCUCGAUGAGGAAUCCAGAUUACCUGCUGGUAAUGAUCAAAGUUGGAUCGAAAAAAUGUAUCAGACAUUAGACAAGGAGCCUACUAAUAAAGUGUUCCAGAAGCCAAGAUUUGGCCAAACCAAAUUUGUCGUUAAGCAUUAUGCCUUGGAUGUUUCGUAUGAUAUGGAUGGGUUUAUUGAAAAGAAUAGAGAUACUGUUGGGGAAGGUCAUUUGGAAGUAAUGAAGAACUCAUCGAAUGAAUUCUUGAAAGAUGUUUUAUCAAUUAUAGAUAAAACAUCUCAAGACUUAAAUAAAGAGAGUAAUGGUUCUGCUGCUCCAGCUCCUGGAAAGCCUUCUGGAAGGUCACUUUCAAAUAAGAAACCAACUUUAGGUUCUAUAUUUAAGGGCUCAUUGAUUGAGUUGAUGAAGACCAUUAAUUCAACGAAUGUCCAUUAUAUUCGUUGUAUCAAGCCUAAUGAACAGAAGAAAGCCUGGGAAUUCGACUCCUUGAUGGUAUUGUCUCAAUUACGUGCCUGUGGUGUCUUGGAGACUAUUCGUAUAUCGUGUGCUGGUUUCCCUUCCAGAUGGACCUAUGUGGAAUUCGCUGAUAGAUAUCAUAUUUUAGUUUCACCUGAGAAGUGGAUAUCUGUUAUGAAUGAUGGUGAUAUCUCAAAGGAGUCAGUCUCUGGACUCUGUGAUACCAUCUUACAGGAUAAUAUUGAGGAUAGUUCGAGAUAUCAAUUAGGUAAUACCAAGAUCUUCUUUAAGGCUGGUAUGUUGGCUCAUUUUGAAAAGUUGCGUUCUGAAAAGUUAUUCCGUGCUGCUGUUAUGAUUCAAAAAAAUAUUAGAAGACAUAAUGUGCGUAAGGAGUAUUUGGCUACUAGAGACGCGCAUCGUGCUUUGCAGGCUUUGUUGAGAGGAUACUUGACAAGAGAUCGCAUACAAAAGGAGAAGAGAUCAUCCGCUGCUACACAAAUACAAACUGCUGUUAGAGGUUUCCUUGCGCGUAAGCAAUAUCAAACAACCUUGGAAUCUGUUGUUGUUAUCCAAAAAGCGGUCAGAGGAUUAUAUGGUAGAAGAACAUUUAACCAAAUGCGCACAGAGAGGUCCGCUGUUACCAUACAGAAUGCUUGGAGAGGACAUCAAGUACGGAAAGAUUAUCAAGCCAAGAUUAAAUCUACUGUGGUUAUUCAAUCAUACAUCAGACGUAAGUUGGCUAUUGCUGAGUUGAAACAAUUGAAAGUGGAAGCUAAAUCGGCGAACCACUAUAAGGAGGUCAGCUAUAAAUUGGAGAACAAGGUUAUUGAAUUGACGCAACUGUUGACUGCCAAGAUUCAAGAUAACAAGAAAUUGCAAGAGGAAAUACAACUGAUGCAAAGUUUGUUGGAACAAUCAUCCACUGCCCAUGAAACUUUGAAGCAAAGAGAAUUAGAAUUCAGUUCCAAGUUUGAUACACAGAAUAGCGAGCAUCAAGAAGAAAUUCUUAGCAUGAACAAGGAAUUAGAAAUCAUCAAGCAAGAAUACUCUUCUGCCCAACAAAAGGUUGAACAAUUAAGUAAGGAGCAACAAGACUUGAAGGCCGAAGUCGCCAAACAGAUUUCUGAAUUACAAGAAGCAAAGUCUGCCUUGGUUAAGCGUGACACUAUUGAAGUCGAUUUAAAGAGUAACAUCGAGCAAUUGAAGUCGGAGAUAGCCGCAUUGCAAGCACUGAAUGCUGCCGCAAUUGCUGCAGCUGCUGCAUCUACUGUUAGCGGUGCUAGCAAACCUCUUGUGAAUCCUAAGGUUCGUUCUGCUGAUAAAAGACAUAGUCUGGGUGCAUGGGUUGCCGGAGUUUCUCGUGGAUCAUUUGAUGGUCCAGGUCAUUCUAACCGUCCUGUUUCUGUUAUUGCUGUCUCAAGUUAUGAACAUGUUAAAGUGGAAGAUAUUAACGAUGAGUUGUUCAGCUUGUUGAGAGACUCACGUAAAUUGCAUAGAGAAAUCGUUGAAGGAUUAUUAAAGGGUUUGAAGAUUCCAGCAGCUGGUGUUGCUUCAGACUUGACAAGAAAAGAGGUACUUUUCCCAGCCAGAAUAAUAAUCAUCAUUUUAAGUGAUAUGUGGAGAUUGGGAUUAACCAAGGAAUCUGAAGAGUUUUUGGGUGAAGUCUUAGCUGCUAUUCAACAAAUCGUUAGCGUUUUAAAGGAUGAUGAUAUCAUCCCUAAUGGUGCAUUCUGGUUAUCCAACACACAUGAAUUGUAUUCGUUUGUAUCGUACGCUCAACAAACAAUUCUUGCCAAUGACACAUUAUCAAAUGAUAUGAGUGAGGAAGAAUUUGAUGAGUAUUUGAAAUUAGUUGCAGUUGUGAAGGAAGAUUUUGAAUCUUUAUCAUAUAACAUCUAUAAUAUGUGGAUGAAGAAAUUAGAAAAAGGUUUGGAAAAGAGAGCUGUACCAGCUGUUGUGUUGUCUCAAUCUUUACCUGGUUUCAUGGCUCCCGAAUCCUCUCCAUUUUUGGCUAAGGUAUUUAGCCCUGGUGUUCAUUAUAACAUGGAUGACAUCUUGAGUUUUUUCAACUCUGUUUAUUGGUCCAUGAAGCUGUACUUUGUUGAACAGAGUGUGAUGAAUGAAGUUAUUGUUGAAUUGCUUAGAUUUGUAAAUGCCUUGUGUUUCAACGACUUGCUCAUGAGAAGAAACUUUUUAUCAUGGAAACGUGGGUUACAAUUAAAUUAUAAUGUUACACGUUUAGAAGAAUGGUGUAAGGGUCAUGAGAUUCAAGAAGGAAGUGCUUGCUUGGUUCACUUAUUGCAAGCGGCCAAGUUAUUACAAUUAAGAAAGAAUACAUCUGAUGAUGUUGAAAUUCUUUAUGAAGUUUGUUUUGCUUUGAAGCCAAUUCAGAUUCAAAAGUUAAUAAGUCAAUACUACGUUGCUGACUACGAGACUCCAAUUGCACCUGAAGUAUUGCAAGCUGUGGUUGACCGUGUGAAGGCCAAUGAUGGUAACAAUCAUGAUGAAUUGUUUGAGGCGGUUUCCCUUGAUGGUCACUUCGAUGACCCAUUCAGAAGUGUUUCUUUGAGACCGUUCACCCGUGUUGAAGCUUAUGUUCCAGCGUGGUUAAGUUUGCCUCAGAUUAGACGGAUAGUGGAACUAGUUGCACGUAAUGCCACUGUUCAAGAGAACGGUGAUGUUCAAGCCAAUGUUUAA